AUGUCUUACACUUCUUACUCCGACGCGCGCAUGUCGCAUAGCUUCCACUCCAAUCCUCGGAAAUCAUUAAGAUCACCAGAGCGCGAGCUCGCCUUCCGAAAAGAACAAAUUGCAACGACCAAGAGAUCCCUGAUUCUCAAGCCGCAGGGUGACGCGCGCUCUGCGAUGUCAUAUAAAAUCACAGACAGCGAUGACACACUGGAGUUCACGGUGACUGGACGAAAAUACGGCGAUCGCUCAUGUCGGGAGUUUCGCGAUUCUUCAGGUCUGCCUUUUUUCGAGCUUCACACGGCAGGCUUGAGUAUAUUUUCCUCUCGCUGGUAUAUUACCUUACCGGGUGGCGGAGAUGUGAAGGUUGCCAAGGCGGGACCUCAGGUUUCCUGGAAUGGAAGCGUUAUGAAAUUCACUUUUCAGAAUAUGGCUGCUGCUGAUACCAAGCGCGAAGAGGAUAAAGAGCUCACACUCAGCGUGGCGAAGUAUGGAGUGGCCCUAAGUUUCUUCGAUAUCGUGGAUAAUGAUCGAAGGAUCGCGGAGGUGCGCGAGAGUAUUCAGCAUAAUGAUAAGUUGAAUCUGAGGAGGUCGUCGCGUGCACAGGGUCAUCGGCCUACUCUUGAGUUGACUGUCAUGCCUGGCGUGGAUGCUUCGUUAGUUGCGGCGAUUGCUGUUAUUCUCUCUGAUUGGUAUUUUGGAUCUAAUUGA